AUGUCUGCCGCCCAGCUCCAAGAGCAUCUCGAGGCAAUCAGAAAAGACUACCUCUCCUCCGUCAACCAGCUCCAACACCAGAAGAAUGAGUUGGCUCGUAUGACAGAGGAAGUGACGAUGAUGCGGCAACACCAGGCACAAUACCAAGAAGCGGUGACGGAACUAUCACGGAUCAAUGAAAUCUCGCAACGCCUUCAAAAAAUCAUCGCUGAUUACAUGCCGAUGUUGCCACAGCAGCAGCAGAUGGCUGUCAUGCAAGAGCUGAUGCAAGUGGAGAAGCUUCGACAAAUGCCCCAACCGCAGAUGAACCCGCUCGAGCAGCAUCUGAUGGCCCAGAUGUUGAUGAGCCAGCAAGCACAGGCCCAAGCAGCGCAGGCAGCACAGUUAUUGGGCAUGGGGCGAGGUCUGAUGGCCCAAGCUCAGGGCGCCAGCCCACGCGGUGCCAAGCCAAACGGUAUGCCCCAAGGGAUGCCUCAAAUGCCACAGAUGCCGCCAGGUUUCCAACAGUUGAUGAUGAGUCAAUUCGGGUUGCCCGGCAUGCCGCAAUUCGCCCAUCCCAUGUUACCUGGAAUGCCUGGACUGGGAGCGAUGGCAGCCCCAACUUCCCUGAACGUUCAAGUGUCAACCCCUUCGCGAACACAAUCCACCGGCUCCCGGACGCCCCUCUCCAGCCAGCCGCAGACGUCACCCCGCGAAAUGGCUAGUCUUACUCCACCAAAGGCCACGCUGAGCGCUCAGCCGCCGAGUACGCGGCCAUCGUCGUUGGGUGCUGAGGCAACGGGACGAUCUCCGGUGGUGUCGCCACAGUCGGGCGAUUCUGCUCCUUCUUCAGCUCCCCUCCAAAUUGCCGACAGCCCGCAGAUGAAGGAAGUGAAGGCUGAGGAGCUGUCUGUUGCC